AUAAUAUUUUAAAUAAAAAUGGAACCUUUGGACCAGAUGGAUGCCCUAACAUGAAGAGGUGAAUGCACCAGAUUUGAUCAGAGAAAAGCUGAUGAAAUUAAAAAAAGAGAAGAACAGAUCCAGAAGGAUUCAACAGAGAUCAACACUCAAAUCUAUGCUAAUCUCCAUUUGAACAUCAAGAAGCUCAGCCCAAUAUUUCAACCAGACCAUCAUCUUCGCUUCAAUCUUGAUUGAUCCAGUGAUAGACAAAUGCUAAAACAACUCUCUCGCUUUGUGGUGUCUCCAAAAUCAAAAAUUUCGUUCUUAUAUAGCCUUCACACCAAUAGCCAUUUGAAAGAGUUCUUUUCUAAAUCCAUUCCUCCCAAGAUUAAAGAGAUUAAUGCCUCAAGCAUCAAAUUUGAUAAAUCUCCUUCGUACUUCAACUUGGUUCUCCGUGCAAUCAUGCACACAACAGCAAGUGUGAAGGUGAAUAGUUUUAGGAACCUGAACAUGAAGCAACUCAAGAGACUGUUCUCAGCCAAUAAGCAUACCAAAUCACUUGCAAUGUUCAAUUGCUCACUUCGUCUUCCAGCUUGCCCUGACUUUUCGGACUGAUUCAGAGGCACAACUCUGUCCGAACUUAGGUUGUAUUAUGUGAAAAUGACAAACUGAGAUGAGUCUGAUACAAACCUUCACAAGCUGGACAGACUUAUUUCAGGCUUAUCUAAAUCCCCAGACCUUCAUAGAAGCAUUAAGAGGAUUGAAAUCUUUGCUAUUAAGACCACCAAAGAACAAAACGAUCAAGCUCUAUUGAAGUAUGGGUUUCCUUAUAAGUAAACAGCCUCC